AUGCCGGCUGCUGCCAGCAGCUCACAGACGAGGGGGAGCCAGGACAAGCAUGUCGGGUUCAAGACGCUCGUUAGGGAGUCGAAGGAUGCAGAGAAGCUGCUGUCUGCGUCCAAGCAGGAGGCCGAGAAGAGCCGCAUGCAGCGCGACGCCAUCGCUCAAGACCUGGACGAGCGUCUGGUACAAGACCCCAACGCUCUCCAGUGCAAAUGCAAUCAUGCGGCCCGCUGGGCAAUCGUCAAGAAAGCAAAGCAAGUGCUGCUCAAGGAGGAAGGGGCCCCAGACUCUGCGGAUGCGAGCGAGGGUUGUCCUUGCAAAUCGACGCUGGUUCAAGCAGUCACUAAGGUGUUGGAGCAGAAGUUGAGCCUGCUCGAACAACAGCUCGGAUCACGCACGUCUGCGGAGCUCGCAAUGCAGAGAGCUUUGGUGGCUAUGCGCCUUCCCAAGUUCCUUGCAGGGGAUCUCGCGAAAGAGUUGGACCAGAAGUUGGCCGCCAAAGCCAAACUGAGUCAUGCGAGCGCCAGUGAGCCAGAUGAGAAUGAAGGCGAGGAGGACGAGGAGGCGAAAGGAAGCGACGUUGACGUGCCUGAAAUCAAUGUGGUUGUGAACAACAACAUGGAUGGGGAAGAAAUGCAGGAGGAGAGUCAAGGGAACAGCACUUUCAAUCAUGAUUACCAUCCCUACUUCCAUGCCUACAAAUAUCCUCCAUCAUACAUCCAAGGAGAUCAAGAGCACACCUCGUCAGGGAAAAGACCUUACAUUGGGCGAAACUACAACAUUGUGGUCAAUGUGAACAACUUCUUGGAACCAGGACAGUUCUUGAACGAGGACAAGGAACACAGUGGAAAACCGUCACAAGCGAUGUACGCUGAUAAGGCUGCAACGCGUAAGUUAGAGAAAGUAGAGACCUUGAGACCAGGUGACUCAGAUACUGCUAAAUCGACAUCAAGUGACCCAACGCAUCAAGCCCAUGUUGAGAAGGCGAAGACGGUGCAGGGCAAGGGAAAGUUCGAAGAUGCUCGAGAAAGGCUGAAGGAGGCUGCUGAAACUCUGGAGAAGAUUGCAGAAGACAAGGCUGCGAAAAUAAGAUCAAACAUGCACCAAGUCCAGAGGAGCGUACCAGAGCACCCCAAGGAUAAGAUUCAAUUUGCAACCAGAACGACCAAGCUGCAUGAAUUCACCGAUCGCUUUCAUGUUAUCUUACCGAAACCAUUGAAGACAAAGAAAGUCUCCAAGUGGGUCAACCCGAGAUCUCUGCUCGGGCACAGGGGCAAAUCUGAGGAGUUAAGUGGAGAUGAGGCAAGCAAGGACUUGUCAAGCUACUUCAAUGCUUUCAGCAACCAUCGGAAAACAGUGAAGCAUGGCCAAAGUCAAGGGAAUAUCAAGCGAUCAACAGGAUCCGUAACAUGGCAUGCGCCUAAACCGGAGGGGGAAACAGACAGGAGAGCAAGACAUGACCUGUUCUCUUACUUCGAUCACUUGGCCCCUCACCCGAAGCAGCACAUCAACACUUGGCUGGAUGACUCGCACGUCCUCCCUUCUGUUGACAACCGCUUUCAUGCAAAUGAAAAGCGAAGAGUUAGCAAGAACUACCAUUACAUAUCGAUAGGCGCAGAGGGGCACAACAACGCGAUGCACGACAUCAAUCAAUACUAUAACUCAUUAGAGGACAGGCAACGUUAA